CAUCCUCCGCCAACCAACUCUUUCAUCAACAAAACCACUUUUUUCAUCAAAUCUAUCAUCAAAAAUGGCUCGUACCAAGCAGACUGCCCGUAAGUCCACUGGUGGCAAGGCCCCCCGUAAGCAGCUCGCUUCCAAGGCCGCCCGCAAGGCCGCCCCCUCUACCGGAGGUGUCAAGAAGCCCCACCGCUACAAGCCCGGUACCGUUGCUCUCCGUGAGAUCCGUCGCUACCAGAAGUCCACUGAGCUCCUGAUCCGCAAGCUCCCCUUCCAGCGUCUGGUCCGUGAGAUCGCCCAGGACUUCAAGUCCGACCUCCGCUUCCAGUCCUCCGCCAUCGGUGCUCUCCAGGAGUCCGUUGAGGCCUACCUCGUCUCUCUCUUCGAGGACACCAACCUCUGCGCCAUCCACGCCAAGCGUGUCACCAUCCAGUCCAAGGACAUCCAGUUGGCCCGCCGUCUCCGUGGCGAGCGCUCGUAAUUUCUCUUUUCAACGAGCUGGUUUUCUGAAAGGCGAUCACGGGGUUUUGUUUUUAUCUUUUUAUCAUGACUACUGGCGAUACAUGAUGGGUUUGCUUUCAAAUAUCAAUGGGUUUCGGCACCGGGUUGCUUCGCAAUUUGCUUUUUUAUCGAUGCUACUGCUCACCAUCGAUUGAUGGGUCAGUCAUGGGCAUGUACAUUAU